UGGCUGUUUAUUCCUGUGUUUGUCACCUUUGGCCCUUAAAGCAGCCACUUUCCCAUUUGGAACUUACUCUCGGCAGCUGCUGACAAAACAGGAAGUGAUUAGAAUAAAACCAAAUAUGGCAUCUACCAUGAGGAGUUUGUUUUCUGACCACAGCAGAUAUGUGGAGUCUUUUCGGAGGUUUCUCAACAAUUCCACGGAACACCAGUGCAUGCAGGAAUUCUUCGACAAGAAGCUGCCAGGCAUAAUAGCGAGGAUUGGAGACACAAAAUCAGAAAUUAAGAUUCUAAGCAUUGGCGGAGGUGCAGGUGAAAUUGAUCUUCAAAUUCUCUCCAAAGUGCAGGCUCAAUACCCAGGAGUUCACAUCAGUAAUGAAGUUGUCGAACCAAGCACUGAACAAAUCGCCAAGUACAAAGAGUUUGUAGCCAAGUCAUCAAACCUCGAGAACAUAAAGUUUGUUUGGCAUAAAGAGACAUCAUCUGAAUAUCAAAAUAGAAUGAUAGAGAAAAAAGAACUUCAGAAGUGGGACUUUAUUCAUAUGAUUCAGAUGCUGUAUUAUGUAAAAGACAUCCCAGCUACCUUGAAAUUCUUCCAUAGUCUCUUAGCUUCCAAUGCUAAGAUUCUUAUUAUUCUUGUGUCAGGAAUCAGUGGCUGGGACAAGCUAUGGAAAAAGUAUGGAUCCCGCUUACCCCGUGAUGACCUCUGCCAGUAUGUUACAUCUACUGACCUCACUCAGAUGCUGGACAAGUUGGGGAUUAAGUAUGAGUGUUAUGACCUUCUGUCCACCAUGGACAUAUCUGACUGUUUUAUUGAUAGCAAUGAAAAUGGAGACCUGCUUUGGGAUUUUUUGACAGAAACCUGCAACUUUAAUACAACAGCGCCACCUGAUCUCAAAGCAGAAAUUGUGAAAGAUCUGCAGGAGCCUGAAUUUAGUGUAAAGAAAGAUGGAAAGGUUCUUUUCAAUAACAGUCUGAGUUUCAUAGUGGUUGAUGCAUAAAUAUCAAUCAUGAGAGUGUGUUAAAAAAUUCUAUUUUGAACAAUGUUGAUCAUUCAUUUAUUUCUGUAUUAAAAUUACAAAUGCAUCUUGUAAAAUUAUCUCUUAUGUGUAAAAUCUAAAAAAUUCCAAGACAUUCUUCCAUGUAGACUCAUAUAUGAUAUUGCUGGUGUUAUCCAUCCCAUCCCUUCUACAAGUAAGCAGACCAUGUGCGAGCUAAAUACCACAUAAACUAGAAAAAUAAGACAACUAGGUUUCACUGGCUUAAUGACGAUAAAGUCCUUUCCAUUUGUUGAUUGUAUUGGAAUUUCCUAAAAUAUUAAAAAAUUGUGUACUAUGUAUUUUUUAUAUAUUAGUAUGUGCUUAUUAAUACUUUGAACACUAAGAAAGUAUAUGUUUACUGUUUUUUUCUAGUUUUGUGAAGAAGUAUUUGUCUUUAUA